AUGACGGGAAACUCUGGGGUUACGGGCCCUUCGACAGCCGCGAAUCCCGACGUGGAAGACCCGAAUAAGCGUCAGGCUCAGGAAAUUGUGGGAGGGACUGUGGCGGGAGGCGUCGCAUCCGGAAUUGAGAGAGCUCACGAAUACUCAAACGGAUACCACUUUCCACCGAAGUAUUCGUGGCGCGAAAUUAUUGUGCAUGGCUGCAUCGAUUUUUGGAACUUCUACAAUACGGGUUUCGGCUUCUUCCUCACCAUAUACGCUCUGAAUGUGGUCGCAUGGGGUGGUAUGCUGUUCCUGCUUCUGUGUGGUGCCGGGCCCGCCAUGUGUAGGCAAUCGAACGGUAAUACCGAUUGCAAUGCAAUCGAUUCGCCAAGGCGGAUCUGGAUUGAGAUCGAUUCGCAGAUUCUCAACGGCCUGUUCUGCGUCACUGGGUUUGGUCUUGCUCCAUGGCGCAUUCGCGACUUGGUUCUACUUCUCAAGUGGCGUGUGGGCAAAAAUAUGAACGCGCUGAGAGAACUUGCUGGUGUUCACCGGAAUUGGUUUCGACUGGCAGGAGCCGAGAAUCUCCCUAGCCACCUGGGGCCCAAGAAUAUUGAGGAGACGACUAUCCAGUAUCUGCCCGAGAGCGUGCCUUUGCCGCUGGAAGCAAUUCCUGAAGCCCCGCCAACAGGAGAGCGAGCACCGCCAACGAAGCUGUGGAAGCUCGACUUCGUUGUCUGGAACAGCAUAGCCAAUACCAUCCUCCAAAUUUGUCUAUCAACCUUCAUGUGGGCAUUGAACCGCUAUGACCGACCUAGCUGGUCCACCGGGCUUUUUGUGUGUCUGGCAUGCAUUGUUGCGAUACUGGCUGGUGUUGUGAUGGGUGUGGAGGGCAAAAAUGUGAAGAAGAUUGAAGGUGUGUCUUUGACAAAGAGAGAUCGCGAGCGUUUGGCGAGAGACCAAGAGUUGGGCAUACCACACUGGAACAAUAUUAAUGACAAGGACCCAAAUGAGAAAAAGGCAAAGAAUGACAAGAAGAAGAACGCAUCGCUACAUACGGAAAAGUCGAGGUAG